AUGACGUGUAAUCCUGACUGGAUAGAAAUCCAACAAGAAUUGCGCCCCCGACAGACUCCUCAAGAUAGACCUGACUUGGUGACAAGAGUAUUCAGAGCUAAGUUGCAGGAUGUAAAAGACCAAAUUUUUAAGAAAGAAAUAUUUGGAAUUGUUGUUGCUCAUGUAUUCGUGGUAGAAUUCCAAAAACGGGGACUACCACACAUACACCUCCUUCUCAUAUUAAAAGAAGGGCACAAGAUCAAAUCAGGAGAUCAGUACGAUAGGUUUAUCUCAGCAGAGAUUCCAGAUAAAUGUGAGUAUUCUAUCUUGCAUAAAUUGGUGCUCAGGCAUAUGAUGCAUGGUCCAUGUGGAAACAAACGUCCAACAAACACAUGCAUGCAAAAUGGACAGUGUAAAUAUCAUUAUCCUAGGCCAUACAACAACAGAUCAAUCCAAGCAAAUGAUGGAUAUCCAAUUUACAAAAGAAGAAUGGAUGGAAGAAUAGAGACUGUUCGUGGAAUGAAUAUGACUAAUCAAUGGGUGGUACCUUAUGGCCCUUAUCUGCUUACAAGAUACAAUUGUCACAUUAAUGUUGAGGUCUGCUCAGGAGUCAAAGCAAUAAAGUAUCUAUACAAGUAUAUAUAUAAAGGUCAUGAUCGGUGUGCCGUUUAUGUUCAAUCUGAUGAUGGUGAAAAUGUUAUUGAUGAAAUACAAACAUUCCAAGAUGUGCGGUGGGUCUCACCGCCUGAAGCACUAUGGAGAAUAUAUGAAUUCAACUUGACUGAAAUGCAACCUGCAGUCAUCAACCUUCAACUACAUCUUCCAGGAAAACAUUCAGGUACACAUAUUAAUGCAUAA